AUGAAGGCUUUAAUUUUGAUUGGUGGCUAUGGUACACGUUUACGACCUUUAACCCUAACUCAACCUAAAUCGCUUAUUAAGUUUGCCAAUAAACCGAUGGUUUUUCAUCAGAUAGAAGCAUUGGUAGCAGCAGGUGUGGAUACGAUUAUUUUAGCUACCAUUUACCAUGAGAAACUUUUGGAAGAAGAAAUGAUACGUCAGGCGAAACAUUGGAACAUUACGGUACAUUUUUCGGUGGAAAAAGAACCUCUUGGAACAGCAGGAGCUUUAUUACUAGCAAGAAAUUUACUCAAAGAUGAAGAAUCAUUUUUUGUACUCAAUUCCGAUAUUAUUUGUAAUUUUCCAUUUCGACAAAUGAUUGACUUUCAUGUUUGGCAUCAACAUGAAGGUACCAUUGCGGUAACAAAAUCUGCUGAACCAAGCAAAUAUGGUGUUUGUGUUUUCGAUGAAAAAACACACAAAAUGGAACAAUUUGUAGAAAAACCAUCGGAAUAUGUGAGUAAUAAUAUUAAUGCGGGUUUGUAUGUUUUAUCAUCAAAAGUGCUAAAUCGAAUACCAUUACGAUCAACUUCCAUGGAAAAAGAAAUCUUCCCGGAAAUGGCAAAAACUGGUAAUUUGUACACUUAUAUUCUCGAGGAUUUUUGGAUGAAUAUUGGACAACCACGUGAUUUUCUUACUGGUACCCGAUUAUAUCUUCAUUUUCUACACUUAAAACAUUCAUCGAUGCUUAGCAAGGAAUGUUAUGUACAAGAAGAUGUGAUGAUACAUGAUACAGCUCGAAUUGGUAACGGUUGUAUUAUUGGACCAAAUGUUGUCAUCGGAUCUGGUGUACAAAUUCAUGAUGGAGUUUGUUUACGAGAUUCAACGAUACUAUCAAAUUGUAUCAUUCAUAGUCAUAGUUGGAUAAAUGGUAGUAUUAUUGGUAGGAAAUGUAUUAUUGGAAGUUGGGUUAGAAUUGAUAAUACCUGUGUUAUUGGAGAUGAUGUUAUUGUGAACGAUGAAUUGUAUUUAAAUGGCGUACGAGUUUUACCCCAUAAAGUUAUUUCAGUAAGUGUAUUGGAACCUGAUAUUAUUAUGAUUAAUUUUUGCCAUUUCGAUCGAUUAAUUGUGUGUAAAUUUGAUGCGGAUAUCUUGUCAAAAGUCAGUAAUUUUUUCCUUUGGCUCGAAGAGCAAAGAGAUAUUGGAAAAGAAAUUAUACGGAAUGAAACAGGUCGCAUGCGCUUACCAAAAACACCUAAACGGGGAUACUGUUUUUCACAGGAAGCGGAAACUUUUCAGAAGUGCAGAAAAAAACUGUUAGAUAGCGUUAUACGGAAACGAACAGCUGUUUUUGCAAAUGAUGGGAAUAUGAUUUAUGCUGCACAAACUCCGAAAUCUUCGAGGAACGCUACUGCGCGAGCCAUAAAACAAGAAGUAAUGUUAGCUGGCCGAAUGAACGAUCGAAAAACACCAAUUCGACCGGUACCCACACCAAGGCAGUGUGUUCCAAAACACCAAACAUCCAUUAAGGUGAAUAAGCAUCCUCCAACUGCAACUUCUUGCAACAGUACACCAAAACGGACGUCGCUUAGAAAUGGAAUGACUCCUAGGAUUACACAAAAAAUUGUGGCUAACCCGGAAUCCAUUGCCCAAAAAGUUACUCCGAAGGCGAUUGUUGAGAGGACAGUUGUUACUUCAAAAAUGGCUGAUAAGAAGACUACGGAUACACCAAAACCGACUGUUCAGCAACCAACAUUCAAGAGAUCUGAAGUAAUACGCAAGAUGGAGAAAAGAACAAAUACUGUAAUUAAAAACAAAGAAGAAUUGAUGAAAGAAAAGGCAGAACGUGCGAGAAGAGAUCGUGAGGAACGGGCACUACGCGUCAAAAUGAACAAUAAGAAGAAAGAAGAAGAGGCGCUCGAAAAGCUUCGGAUAAUAAAAAUGCGCGAACAACAAAUUGAAGAAUUGAGACAGAAGCAACGCGCACCACAAAGAGCCAUCUCAAAAUCACCCUGUCGUACUAGAGGCUAUUACAAUCGCAUACAGAAACCGCUCGUUCGUGCGAAAUCUUCACAAGACAUCUCUGCACGAAAGGACGUAUCACAAAAAGAGAUAACAAAAGAUAGACAGGAAAACCUUAAAUUUCAAGGAAAACGGAACCACGUCGAUAGUGUCAAACAGGAUAUCUGUGUCCAAAAUAAAAAACAGAAGCUAGAUUUAGUAGAAUGCAGUGAAAGAAAUAAUACUGACAGACGUUCCGCUAAGACUGACACGUUAGAAGUGCUGAGUGAGAAGCUUGUCGAUAAUCAAACUCAUACUGAAUGUGUUGGUAGUGACGAGAGUUCUGGAGGGAGAAAUUCACAAAGCAACAUACAUGUAGCUAUUGAACUAAAAGAAACUUCUGCAGUAGACAAACAAGAAUUUUUGCAAAACUGUGAUGUUGAUUCUAACAUCGUAGUGCAUUCACCUGCGAUUGAGAAUUCGGAGACAAACGAGAAAGAAAAUGCUGAUGAACCUUCACAAGUCAUGGAAGUUGACAUUCUCACUGCCGAGACAAACACUAUAAGUAAUCGAACUUUUGACAAAAGCGUGAACGUAUCAAAUAGUGAAAUGUUAGACGAUACUGGUAAUAACUACGAUGUAGAAAGCAUUUCAUCAAAUGAUGAGACGGAUGAUGAGGAAAAUCCACGAAAACCAAUUCCUUUUUGGGCGCAAGGGGAACGACUACAAAAUGCGUUACGGAAACAAGUUGCGCAACUAUCUAUCGAUCCCGAUGUUUAUUUCGGACCGGUACGAACGCCUAUGCUGGAUAAAAUCUUUGCAAGGAAUCACACACGUUAUAAUAAGCGAACAUCUUCAGCCGUGUGGACAUCACCAAUGAGUAACCCGAAGAAAGGAACGAGCAAAUUUUUCGAACUGCAGAACGUCAAUCGCAACAGAUAUACAAAUCUAUGGCCUACGGAAGCUUCGAGCAUUUAUGGCCUAAAAUGGCAGAGAGUCAAGGAAAUGCGCUAUCAAGCUCAGAGUAAGAAUAUAAGAUUUCUUCUAAAUGACUUACCAUACGAUAUGAUGACUACUCAUUCAUCAGUACCAGAGGAUCAGAUAAAUGAUUCAAAAUCACUGAAUUAUCAGAAACAGUUCAGAAAAGAAUGGUUUCAGUAUUGUUGUGCAGCAAUUUUUGCCAUCAAAUUUCUGUUGAUACCAUGUUAUCAUAGUACCGAUUUCGAGGUUCAUCGUAAUUGGAUGGCUAUCACAUAUACGCUUCCUAUUUGCUCAUGGUACUACGAAAAUACAUCGCAAUGGACUCUUGAUUAUCCUCCAUUUUUCGCUUUUUUUGAAUAUUUUUUAAGUCAGGUGGCAUCAAAAGUUAUCCCUUCUGCAUUGGUGCUACAAAAAGAUUCAUAUUUUUCCAGUGAAUUACUGUACUUCCAAAGAUUUUCCGUAAUUGCAGCAGAUGUUUUUUACGGUGCAUUGAUCUACUGCGUUCUGUUAAAUAUGAAACAUAUUUAUCUGUGCUAUGCACCUGCUUACACGAUAUACUAUGCUGUAAAUUAUUUGUUUUCUUCCACAAGGACUUUCAUAAGCAAUGGUGCAAAAUUAGCUGUUAUUCUUAUUCUUCCAUUUGCGCUAUCUUUUGGUCCAUUUAUUUAUUUAUGUGGUCCUGACGUUUUACAGCAAAUAUGGAGACGGUUGUUUCCCUUUGAGCGUGGUCUAACACACGCUUAUUGGGCCCCGAAUUUAUGGGCAUUUUAUAAUUUUGCUGAUUGGUAUUUGUAUCAAAUUCUGAAAUUGACCAAACGACUGCCGCCAGAUGUUCAUUCACCUACCUACAUUUCAGGCCUUGUACAGGAAUUCAAGCAUUCUAUUUUACCUUCUGUAUCACCGUUCGGAACGUUGCUAGUGACAUUAGCAUUAUUGUUACCGUUAGUAUCGCUUAUUCGUACGCGGCACGUGAAAAAUUUCCCUCUUUUACUCACAUUAUCUGCAUUUGCUUUCUUCCUUGCCGGAUAUCAUGUGCACGAAAAAGCAGUCGUACUUAUUACUAUCCCAUAUACCAUUCUAGCUUCUUCAGUAUGUUACAGUUAA